GUUUCAUUAGUCACUUACAGUGAUCAGGAGAUGCAGUGCAAUACCAGAGUCAGAACAGAAACCAACAUGCUUUCGACUUAAUACUUUGAUGUGUGUUUUUUUAUAUCAGUGUAGUUUUUGUAGCAAAAUUUGUUGCUUCAAGACAACACCAAGAGCUCAUCACAGCACAAGAUGAGGAACUUCAGUUGUUUCACACAGGCUGCAAUCAUUUAUCUGUUUAUCUUCGUUCCAUGGGCAGCCAAUGGGGAAAUUGCAUCAGACCAUGAGCCCUCUGCAGUCCCACUACCACACGAGCCUGUGGAUGAUGCGGCACAAGCAUACCCAGAAGAUGAGAAGACUAACUUGCCCGUUUUCACCAUGGAUUACCCACGCAUUCAGCUGCCGUUUGAAAUCACUUUGUGGAUUUUACUGGCCUCGUUUGCCAAAAUCGGCUUCCAUGUGUACCACAAGAUCACCAUCUGGAUCCCAGAGUCCUGCCUGCUGAUCAGCAUUGGCCUGAUUGUGGGCGCCAUCAUGCACGCCGUCCAGGAGGACCCGCCCGCCGUCCUGGAGUCCAACGUCUUCUUCCUGUACAUGCUGCCGCCCAUCGUGCUGGAGAAUGGCUACUUCAUGCCCACCAGGCCCUUCUUCGAGAACGCCGGCACGGUCAUGUGGUACGCCGUGGUGGGCACGCUGUGGAACUCCAUAGGCAUCGGCCUGUCGCUGUACGGCAUAUGCCAGAUCGAGGCGUUCAAUGUGCUGGAUAUCAAUCUUCAGGAGAAUCUGUUGUUUGCUUCCAUCAUCUCGGCCGUGGACCCCGUGGCGGUGAUUAACGUGUUUCAGAGCAUCAGUGUCAACGAGCAGCUCUUCAUUGUGAUUUUUGGAGAGGGCCUGUUCAAUGAUGCUGUCACUGUGGUGCUGUACAACAUGUUCAUCUUCGUGGCGGACAUGACUGUGGUGGAGUCGGUGGACGUUUUCCUGGGCGUGGCUCGCUUCUUCGUCGUGGGCCUGGGUGGCGUCCUGUUCGGCUUCCUGUUCGGCAUCGCCGCUGCGUUCACCUCGCGCUUCACCUCCCGCGUGCGCGAGAUCGAGCCCCUCUUCGUGCUCAUGUACAGCUACCUGGCCUACCUGGUCGCCGAGCUGUUUGCUAUCUCCAGCAUUAUGGCUAUCGUGGUGUGUGCCUUAACCAUGCGCUACUAUGUGGAAGCCAACGUGUCCCAGCGUUCGUGCACCACCAUCCGCCACGUCAUCAAGAUGCUGGCCACCAUCUCCGAGACGCUCAUCUUCUUUUUCCUCGGGGUGGUCACCAUCACCACGGAGCACGAGUGGAACUGGGGCUACAUCCUGGCCACACUCCUCUUUGCAUUCAUAUGGAGAGGCCUGGGUAUCCUGGUGCUGAGCCAGAUAAUCAAUCCGUUCCGGACUGUUCCGUUCAACUACCAGGACCAGUUUGGAUUGGCCUACGGUGGCCUGCGAGGGGCAAUUUGCUUUGCCCUCGUCUUCCUGCUGCCCGACACUAUUGAGCGCCGCAAGCUCUUUGUCACCGCCUCGAUCGCCAUCAUCAUCUUCACUGUCUUCAUCCAGGGUAUAAGUAUUAGACCCCUCAUAGAAAAGCUCGUCGACAUUAGGAGGACUCACAAACAGGAAACCAUCAGCGAGGAAGUACAUAGAAGGCUCAUGGAGCACACCAUGGCAGGAGUUGAGGAUAUCUGUGGCCAAUGGAGCCAGCACUACUGGAAGGACAAGUUCAAGAAGUUCAAUGACAGGUUUGUGAGGAGGAUCUUGAUCAGGGACCACCGUGCCGAGUCCAGCAUCGUGGCUCUGUACAAGCGCAUGGAGCUGCUCAACGCCAUGGAGCUGCUCGACACUCACAACGCUGACAUCAGCGCUGCACCCUCCAUUGUCUCACUGCAUGAAGAGAAGAAAGCAUCUUAUAAGCCAAAGAAGAAGUUCUUGGCCACUGACUUGAAAAACAUGCACGACCUUCUGACAAAGAACAUGUAUAAAAUCAGACAGAGGACAGUGGAUUACACCAGCAAGCACGCUCUGCCUGACAACAGCCGGGCCAGGGAGAUCUUGAUCCGAAGACACUCAAGCAUCCGACGCAGCAUGAGGCCUGGCAGUCUCCGAGAACCGACGAGAUCACAGAAGUACUUGUCCCUUCCUCCAGGAGAAAGUCUUGAUGCUCAUUUCCCCUUAAUGGCACAUGGUGACUCCACAUCCGAGGCAGAUCACCGCAUUGCCAGAACCAGACUCGUGCAGUCGAUGCGGGCUCCAAUGAAAUCCAACAAGAAGCUAGGUACCCUACAGGAGAUCCCAUUGGCCGAGAGCAAUAUGGCCCGCGCUCAGGCUGUGGACUUCCUGAAUGAGAGAGCCAGCAGCAGAGGAAGUGGCCGUCUCCCUUCCUCUUCCUCUUCCUCCUUGUCCUCCUCCCGACCUCCCUUCCGUCCAGGCUCUGGUGGUACCUCAAGACCAGCCCCACCGCUUCCCGCCCCGCGUGGCCGCACCUCCAGUUCUGCUGCCCGCCAUGACCCAGACUGGGAGACUGAGGAGGAGGUGGAGGUGGAGGUGAGGGAGUGACAUUGGCCUUCAAGCAAUACUAAACGAUUUCCGUCCUUGUUCGCCCUGCAGGUUGCAAACGGAAUUGCUCAUCAUCAAGAACUACAGUACAAAAUAUGGAUCACUAACUCUAAGCUUGCUUUGUACUGUUAUAGCCAACUGGCAAUGGCAAAGUGAAUUAUAAAGUGCCAUUGGUGCGAUAACAUGAUAAUGAUGAACCACCAGUGAGUUUGCGGCCAUUUUAAAGUUGAAAAAAAAACUUUCAUGCAGAAUCUCUAUUUUGCUGAAAUGGUAAUGAGCAAUACUUCAUUUUUUACCUAAGACUCCAUGUAAUGGCAUAGCAGUGUUGUUAUGAUGAGUGUUUUCAGCAAACAGUAAGUUGGAUCGCAGGCGAUUCUCUCUGCAUCAAAAGGCUACACACUACACUGUCUAAUGACUCAUACACUGGGCAGAUACAGUACAUCUGGAUAAAUCCAUGUGUUUGAAACGAGGGAAACUACUUUCCACCCACAUACACCGUUUUUUUUACUUCCGUAUGCUGCUGAUUUUUUUCAAAUGGCCCUGUCACUGCCUCCGUUUAUAAUCUGUCAUGUUUUCAGAGCGUGAGGAUUAGGGUAAAAGACACACAGGCAUGACACCAUGACAAAUUUGUAAAUGUUUCCAUUAAGAAACAGAAUCAUUAUGUGGGUAAAGCCCCAGGAACUGAGGGAUGUGGAUGGGACCGACACCAAACCAUUGUUGUUUUUCCAGUCUCAGUUCGGCCCUGGAUUGAAACAUUACUUGACGUUUGACCCUGUUUGGAAUGUGGCCAGCAGAAACUGCAAACAAAACCACCUGACUGGAAUAUUCAACCGGAACGGGUUUGGUGAGGGCAACACAGUCAGGUUUGGCAGCUCUUUCGCAGGAAAUAGCCUUCUGGCCUCAGCACAAUGGAAUGCAAAGACUUUUCUAAAAAUUGUGCCAGAAAUGACUGACUGGCACCAUGUAGAGAUGGAGAUCUACACUAGAGCAGUGCUUAUGCUUGCAGAGGACUUCUGUACCAUUUGUAAUGUUAAAUAAAUCUUUAAGGGAGAACUAAAUAAAAGAAUGUUAUUUUUGUCCA